GAUUCAAGUGUGUUUGAGUGUGCAAUGGGAUGAUUUUUCAAUAGUGAUUUAGAUAAUUUGAAAAGGAUACCAUGACAGAAUGCUGGAAUCAUUCAAACAAACCGAGCAUCGGGAAAAUUCGUCCGACAAUGAAAUAUACAGACAAAUCUACGGAAACCGGUGCAAAUAAAUGUGCCUAUAUGGACAUUGACGCGAUAUACUUUCAACUUUUGCUUUUGCUGAAACAAGGCAUAACAAAGGGGAUGAUGCCGAAUUUCUAUGACCAUUCGCGCCCCACUAUGGUUCCGACGAGCUCGGCGGCGAUGCUCGGAGCGUCUACCAAUAGUGGGGAGCAAAGCCAGAAAAAGACUCAAAUCGCUCCAUUCGAUCUGGAAGCCACUUUACAGGCCGUUGAUAACGAAGUGCUGGAGGGCGAAGAAGGCAGUUGUCCAUUGUGCAAUAAGACAUUCAGUCGAAAAUCAUCUCUGCUAAAUCACAUACGAAACCACACGGCGGAGAAGAAAUAUAUAUGCGAGUAUUGUCAGAAAGGUUUCUCCCAACAAGCCAAUCUUCGCAAUCACGUUCGUAUACAUACCAAUGAGCGGCCAUAUGUUUGCGUCGAUUGUGGUAAAGCAUUUACACAAAUCACAAAUCUUAACAAUCAUAGAAGAUUGCACACAGGUGAAAGACCUUAUGUCUGCAUUGAAGCCAACUGUGGUCGAUCUUUUGCUCAAGUGACAAACUUGAACAAUCACAUGAAAACCCAUCAUAAAACUCAACAGUACGUAUGCAAUCAGUGUCCAAGGCGAUUCUAUCAAGUCACACAGUUGAACCUCCAUUUGAUCUCGGAACAUAGCACUACGAAAACCUUUUUCUGUCCCCAGUGUCCCGAAAAGCGUUUCAAGUCCCAAUCACUAUUCCAACACCAUUUAAAGAUACACGGCUCAAACUUCGGGUUUCCCUGUUCGAAAUGCGACGAAAGGUUCAUCCAAGAAUCUCAUCUGAUACUGCACAUGACUCAUCAGCACGGAGAUUAUGCGUGCAACAUGUGCUCGAUGACAUUCAACGAUGAGGUUCUGCUGAAAAAACAUGUCCAAAGGCAUCUGGACGGAAGGUUUCUAACGUGUCCGGUGCUGGGGUGCAACGAAGGAUUCACCAUGAAGAAUCAACUGACGAAGCACAUGCAGAUGCGUCAUCCAGCGAUUGAUCUCAAGAAGGGGCCGCUGUCCGCAGGAACUGCCGUGCGUCCACCGAAACACUGCUGCCAUUACUUCAACUGCAACGAGUCUUUCGAUAGCUCCGAAGGACUGAGUAAUCAUUUACGAGUGACGCAUGGAUUACCCAUUGCAGCACCCGAGGAUAAGAAACCCAUGCCACAACAGAUGAUUGGCAAUGGCGGAGGUGAUAUCCAUAUGACUCAGAUACACACUCCACCGCCACUGUUGGGGGCCAGCUUCCAAUCAUACCAACAACAGAUUACCGAAGCGCAACAGCAUGCCGGCAGCACAGCGGAGAAGCAGAAAGCUUACAGUGUUUCUGAUCUACUAAACAUCAGUGAGGAAAUGCAACAACACCACCACCAACAACAGCAGCAGCGUGUUGGACAACAAAAUGGGAAACCCGAUCUCGAGCAAAUUUUAGAAGACAGGGUCAACAAUCUAAGUCGGAUUAAAACCGAGCUUCAGGCCAACAUGCAGAUACAGAACCUGUUCGGGCUGUCCAGCCCGAUGGGACUUAACCCAUUUGCGUCCCCCACGAAGCUUGUGUGCAGCUUCUGUUACAACGUGUACAAGACGCCGCAGACGCUGUCGAGACACAUCGAAAAGUUUCACAGCUAAAAUGUGACACGUGAAAUAUUUCGCCGCAGCGAUUGCAACGCUUGAGGAAGCAUUAUGAAGAGAAUGAGGAGAGGUGGAUAUUUCGGUUCAGAUGACCGUUACACCCACUCGCAGUACGUGGUUUGGUACUAUUGGAAAAGGGUCAUGGGGAGAAGAAACAAUCGUUUUGAUAGCAUCGGACAAAUAAGUAUGACCGUUCUAAAUUCGUAUGCCAAGGAACCGAGGAUACAGUUUUCUAAUUCGUUGAUCCUUGCAUAAGAAGGAUUGAAGACACAAUCUGUAGGUCAGUGGCCCUUAAUGUGCUUAGGAACAUAUCGGAUGGUGGUGAUCUGGAGUUAACGACAUAAUUAGCAGUUCCUAAAGAACUCUCAAAAACCUGAUACAGUAUGGCGUAUAAGGGAUAAUUCAAUACGUCUUAUCAAAAAUGUGACUUAAGUGAAGGAAAAGGAUUGAGUUAUUUAAAUUACAUCAGACGUUAGUUCUCAGAACUUCCGAAAGCUGAUAUAUGUUUGUAAUUUAUAAGAGAAUUUCAUUUGAAAAUAGAGUAGUACAAGAGCUUUUAUUCUAGACCAGAGCUAUCGGCUCUGAUAACAGGUCUUUUCUGCAACAUGAUUGGUUUCAAAUUCUAAAAAAAAAGCAUCCCAGUAAAUUAAAUGUGUUUGAUCCAUGUUAGCUAAAAAAAGUGGAUAUGUUGGCUCCUGUUAGUUCAAUAGAGGUUCAAUUUGAACGUUAUCUACGUGACGAAAAUGCUUUUCGUUUCUCAUUCAGUGAUAAAAAUAUGGGUGAGGCGCAAGAUUCGUGCAGGGAACAAGAUUCUGAAAACGAAACCAUUUUUCGGCUAAUCAUAACUCGCCGAAAAAUAAAAAUCGGCAUUGCGUCUCCCGCGAAAAUCGAAGUGAGCGUUUAACAUUCUCUCACCUCCCAUAAUCUCAACGAUUUUUUCCUGUUGGUGAAAAUGGGUGUUUUUUCUCUUAAGUAGGCAUUUCGAUCUCUGUUUUGUAUACACCAAGCGUUUAUGAAAACAUCCAGUUGAUUACACAUUUAUUUUUCUUAUUUGCGCUGGUUUUGUAGACUAUGAUGUGGAAACCCACAGCUAUAGUAAGUUUACCAAUAUGACAAAAACAUCUGUUGUCACAUUAACAGGGAACAUGUACUUAGAAAUACACCCAAUCUGUGUACAGUUCAGUAGAAAAAUGGAAUACAUACUUUUAUCAAACUCUAAAACUAUGAAACCCAGGCUGUAUUUAGAAAAUUCAAAACUCAUAAUUACUUAUCAAAUUAAGGAAUGAGAUCGAGAACGCAAGAUGGAUCCAGUACUCUGCUACAAGAUUCUCUUAUGGUCAUCAGAGUACACUCUUCACUCUUGUACCCUGCUAGUGUCCGAAAUGAAAGAUUGAAUGUAACCGACUGAAUAGUUGUGUCCCACGAUAAUGUGAAAUCAGCCCACGGUUCGACAGACAGUUCAUCACCCCUAAUUUGAUCUCAUCGAGUACGAUGAGGAAGAAUAGCAUCCUUGCCUAGCACCCGCGACAUCCCGGAUUCAAUUGAGAAGACAUGGUAAAGUGCACCCGUGUCCGAGUGGUUAGCGUUCGGGUUGGAUUCCUGGUCGGGGGAAUUUUUCGUCAAAGAAAUUUCCUCCGACUUGCACUGUGGUCACGCUUAUUCUAGAGCUUGCCCCUCGGAAUACAUUCAAGGCGUGUUAUUUGGCUUAUGAAAUCUCAACUAAGUGUUAAUAAAUGAUGCUAAUUGAGACGGCAAAAGUUCCACAGGGAACGUUAACGCCAUUCUGGGGAGCUCGUAGGAAUCUUCGAAAGGCACCUCAUUUGCCAUAUUGACUGGCGAGUGAGAUUUUUACACAUUAACCCCACCCCCUAUGAAAGCACGCCCCCCCCCCCAAACCCCCCGUUCUGUAUAACGGUAUUCGAAGAAGCUAACGUUCGUGGGUUACUUGACGGACCAUAGCGCGUACCGUUUCUUGGAUCGGUCAACACGAACGGUUAUCAUCACUCUAGAUGCCAAUUUCGUUGAGGAGUAGCACCUCGCGGAGAGAAACCUGGAGAAGUAAUUGGGCAGCCAAGAUGAGGACGAUGUCGUUUUUGCGACGGUGACCAGGCAGGCCAUUUUCUGGGCAUUGCGUCAGGAACGUCAGUGACUGGACCGAAGCGAAGAGAGUGCUGAAAUAUCUCUUUCACACUCGAAUUUGCCAGCUAAAGUUUGGAACAACAGAUAGAGGCCAGGAAGCUUACUGUGGCGCUCACUGAGCUGGAGAUACUCGGAAUCGCAAAUCAACUUCAGGAUCCUUGAUUUUUCUCGCAACUUGGUGGAGAUGCUCUCACAAAAGCGCUGGACGGCACUGACAUCCAUCUUCCGGAUGCAAUUCUGGAUCCUCGUGUUUAGCUGCUUAGUGUCCGUGGCCCGCCAAUUAUUUUUGUUCUGAGGGAGCCGGAAAAAUCCUCGAUCGGACGGCACUGGGACCAAGGAUGCAAAAUUUCGAAAGAACAUGUUGAAAUCGAAAAGCAAUUUUGAUCAGUGCAAAAUAUCUCCACCGACACUCUUCACUUCUUUCUAUCGCGGUGCCGCUGUGCCUAUGACUGCUGGCUCACCAUCUCGUUUGUUUUGAUAUAGUUUUCGUUCCAUCAACAGAAAUAUCAGUUCAUUCUCGAUAUCAGUGAAUGCUCAAGCCGAAAAUAUCACCUUUCAUUGCGUCCUGGUGAAAUUUUCGUUGGUCAUACACCCAUAAACUCAGCACUCAAAUGUACCGUUGCCCAUCGAUGUGUGUGCAAUAAGCGGCACAAAAAGACGGGUGGGUAAUGUCGGGGACAUAACCGGAGUGACGUAGGACUAUACAAAGGGGACAGCUUUUGUUAAAUAUAUAUUUUAAAUAUAUUGUUUUAUUUUCUUCUCCUACGUGAAUACCUACCUAUCUACCUUAAAAAUGGAUUAGUUUACUGUUUACUCUUCAUGAAUAUGUUGAUGGUUCUGAAAAGAACCUUUGGUGUUGUGUUUUUGUUAUCACUCGAUAUUCCCAUCUUGUUCGGUUAAACCUUCCUGUUUAGCUAUUGCGUUUGCCACUCGCCACAGCUUUCACAGUUGGAAAAUUUCUUCCCAUCCAGCUUGUGACAUGUUGUUCAGUAAAUUACAUUUAAUGCGACGUGCCGGAAAAAAACUUUGCCACUCACUGAAACUAAUUGUUGCCUUGAUGAGCGCCGAACCGAAGCUGCUCUGUUCUUGAUGCGGGUUUUCUGAUUGUCGUGAGCAGCUUUGCAAGCCAACUCGAGCACUCCGACGGCCGAAACUCUAUAAUCGCUGUUAGGUAUACUGGUGCUCCGGCACCAAUCCGUUCGGCUUAGUUACCCUUGCGGAGCAAUCAGUGAAUGCGACCAACAUGGAACUGGAGACUUGCACGGUUCGAGUGAGGCUUUGCCUUUCCCUUAACUUGUCCUCCUUUGUUACGUCCACGAUGCCGAUGCCGUACAACCACACGGGUUUACGGUUUGAAAGAAAAUAAGAUUUUUUUUUGGGGUCCACGUGUUUUAUACUCUAGCGGUACACACUCACAGGAUAGAGACAAAUCGGCAGACUCAGCCAGAGGGGCGAGUCCAACGAGACGAACGAAUGAGCGUUAAAAGGGAGCGAUGGCAAAAAAAUACAUUCAUUACGAUUUGUUCGCUCGUUGGAUUCACAUGCAGGCUAAAAAGGGUCCUUUUCAGGAUCACAAAAUUAUCUUCAAUCUAAAGAGUUUAUUGUUUUGUUAUCACUCGAUAUCCCCAUCUUGUUCGGCUAAACCUUUCUGUUUAGCGAUUGCAUUUGCCACUCGCCACAGCUUUCACAGUUGGAAAAUUUCUUCCCAUCCAGCUUGUGACAUAUUUUACAGUAAAUUACAUUCAAUGGCACGUCGCAUUACCACCACUCAGUAUCGGAUUGGAGGUAAUUUUAACCUGUAAUUGAACAUUUGCGAUGACAGCGGUACAGUGUCGACUUUCAAUGUGGGGUCAUAAUUUGGACCCCGAACUCUAUGUUUACAAAAAUGUCCAACUAAAUAUGUCGCAUUACAUGUCCGUCCAAUUAGCUAAAUGUCGAGAUAAGUGUAAAUUACUGUACUUUAAAUCUAGAAGCAAUUUAAGAAUUGGUGAAAAUCAAUAAGCUCAGAACAACUGCCAAAUUCACAUACUCAUCAUAUCCUGGCAAACAAAUUAUGAAAAAAUCAAUUUGUGUUUUAUUAUUAUUUUGGAUAUUGUUUUAGAAAGCAUUGAACUGUAUUUCCUAAACUCUUUUUUGGAAGGUUUAAUGGCCCUGAAAAGCGCCUUGUUUUAUGGAAUGGUUCCAAUUUAGAAAACUUAGUACUCGUGGUUUUGAAAAAAACCAUUUCGAACGCCCUCGAUGCCGCCUUGUUCUGGAUUUGCCACCAAAGCAGUGUGUAUAAAGAACAAACUUUUUUCUUCUGCCACCUGAUGCCGUUUUGCGAUUGCGUUUGCCACUCGCCACUCGCUGCAACUGCCUGUUGUCUUGAUGUCCACCGAACCGAAUGUGUUCUGUUCCGAAUGCGGGUUUUCUUAUCGUCGCGAGCAGCUUUACCAGCUAACUCGAUCACUUCGGCGGCCGAAACUAUAUAACGCCGGCUAGGUGGACUGAUGCACUGGUACUAACGCGCUCGGCCUAGCUACCCUUGCGGGGAACUCCAGAUCAACACGGUUCGAGCGGGAUUUUGCCUUUCCCUUCACUUUUCCUCCUUUACCAUGUCCAGACAUGGCUGCUUGGGUUGAUUUGUUGAUGUGUUGUGAUGCGAACCGAUGUGGUGUACGGUUUGAAUGAGAAUGAUCGUUACGGCAGCGGAGCGGGGAUUUUUAAGUUGACUGGCUGGCUCGAGAAUUACGCAUGUGUGAGACUGCGACCAAUGUUUCGUUCAUUUUUUUCUUUUUCCUUUCCAAUCGUGGUUCAUUCUAUUUCGCUGCUGCUCUGGUUGCCCGUUUUGGUCGGUUCGAUUUGAGGAGCACAAAAUGGACCAAUCAAAAAUAGGCACAUAGUGCAUUUUGACAAUGCUUGAUAUUUCACAAUUAUUCAAUUAUUUAUCUCAAGAAAAAUGAAAUGUUAUUCGUUAUGAUAGAUGCGUAGAUAUAUUUCCUAUCAAUUGAUGCAAAAACCUUUGCGAUCUAUUGAGAAAUGCUCGAGUUAUAAGCGUUCCAAAUCUUGCAUUUUUUCCUACUUGUUCAGUGCCUAGAUUUCCAUUUCACCCCCUAUAUCUUCCGGUUAGACGUAGUCCUACGUCAAAAUGGGACCGGGGCUAGAAACAUACCAGGAAAACAUACACACGAACACGCGUUUAAACGUCUGACGCGGUGUCAGUGAGAUGAUAUUUCCUUGUAUGGAAUUUUGUUCCUUUCCACUGUCAGCUGAUCGAAGAUGCGUAUGAAAAUUUCGGGCGUAAAUUCUCAGUGAGACAGUGGAACGAAUGAGUGUGGGGAAUAAUGCAAAAACCAAAUGUUCCACGUGACGGAGUGUCGGUUGCAUGUAAUUAAGCUUGGUUCAUUUGUCAUGAACUGCAGGGGCACUGGUGGUUGAUUUUGAUGUUGUCUCAAUAUCUUGCGCUGUCAGUAAAGUGAGUGUGAGAUUUUGCAACUCUGACUGGGACAAGUUGGUCGGGUUCCGUUUCUUGGGUAUGUACGGUAUGUGUUUUUUCUCGAGGUACGCCAACGUUUUCUUGGCGUUAUGGCGUCUUGUCCGGCCAGAAGGAUGGCAUCCACCAUGGAUCUAGAUACGGAAACUCGGACUGCAUCUUCGAGAGUUCGUGUUCCCAGUCUGUGCACUUCCUCAAUCUGUUGAAAAUGAUUUUCUUUGACAAUUUUUCGGUGAUAUCCAGGAGACAAAUGGGCCUACACGAAGAGGGUUCUCCUGACGGUUUAUCUGGUUUUGGUUGCAGUACCCUUUCCACCCCUUUGAAAUAUCUGAGAAGCGACGUUCAUUUGAAAAUCAUUUAAAAAUUUCGCUUGUACAGCGGUUUUGAGGACUACACUGAGGAUUCUGUCGCGGCCAGGUCUUUUAGUUCUUUAGCUACCGCCAUCAGCUCUUCUGUGGAUACUCUCUCGAAGUUCUUCAUUAUCACUAUAAAGUCUGGCUGGCCAGCUUACCGGAUCAUGCGGCUCAUUUAGCAAAGUCAUUUUUCGGGCGAUCCAUGUCAUCAUAGCCCCAAGAGCUCGCAUCGGCAUCGUGGCAAAUCUCUCUAAUCCUUAGUGCUCCGCGCGUUCUUGUACUACAGCCUAUCAUUUCCGGUACGUUUCCGUAGCGUGACGAGUAAGGAGUCUUAUUUUAUGUGAGAAGAAUUAUACGUACUUGUAAAUGUUUUUGAUUUUAUUUCUUUUAUUCACAUGCACUUUCUUCUUGUGAACGAUUGACAGCACAGACUGAGCGCGUUUUAACUACAGACAAGAAUUACAGACACUGGUGGUUCCUCUCGGAGUGCUUCAAGGAAGAGAUGUUGAAUUUCUUCGACUUCCACCUUCGAGCUUUUAUUCUCAUACCUCUUCCUUUUGGUGAGUUCUGACAGUGGACGUUAUAGCGUUGCUUGUUGAUCGUUUGUGAUCAAUUUUAGGAAACAUGAACCCUUCAUAUGCAUUGGAUACAACUUCCUGGAUGGGGUAUCCUCCCAAUGGUUUAAUUGAGCUUCAUCGUUUAUUUCGGCUUUAUCGUUUAUUUCUGUUACCUGGGGGUACUUUAUACUGCUCUGCUAUGAUCAGUGCCCUUUUCAUAUUGAUUAAUGAACAGCUUGAGCACAGAAAAUUGCUAUUUCGAAUGAACAGAGCCGACGGUGAAAAUUGUUUGUUUUGCAACACUCAAUGCGAAACACUAGAGCAUAAACUCAGCGAUUGCAAAAGGGUGAAGCCAGCAUGGAGACUACUGCAACUGAAGUUAAUUGUGCUGUUCAAUGGAUGGCGCAGUCUGUCGAUAGACGAACUAUUGAGACCUCAAUUGAGAAGUAUAGGAAAAACUAAAAAGGCAAAAAUUCUUAAAAUAUUCGUAAAAUAUGUGAACUUUAUAAUGAGAAGCAAUAACUUUGUUGACACAGUUUCAUUGGAUUUUGAAUUAGAAAACUAAAUGUAAAUAUUUAUUUCAUAACUAGCUAACUAACAUAACUAACUUCGUCCCGCCCAUUUACUUGAUUAAUUCUCGAGUAAUGCAGAAAUUUGUGUUUUAUUUGUAUGGCAGCCACCCCUAAGAGAGGGGGGAGGGGUAUCUAACCACCAUAGAAACAUUCAUUGCACCCUAAAGUUUCCAUAUGCCUAAUUUGGUUUAAUUUGCUUGAUUAAUUCUCGGGUAAUGCAAUAAUUUGUGUUUCCUUUCUACGGCAGCCCCCUCUAAGAGAGGGGGAAGGAGUAUCUUACACCAUAGAAACAUUUAUUGCAUCCUAAAACCUCCACAUGCCAAAUUUGGUUUCAUUUGCUUGAUUAAUUCUCGAGUAAUGCAGAAAUUUGUGUUUCAUUUGUAUGGCAGCCCCCCCCCCCCCCUUUGAGUGGGGGAAGGACUGUCUAACCA